AAUUUCUCUCUUUUCUUGAUAAUUCCAUUCCACAUCACCCAUCAAUCCUUACGUAGGGACCCUUCAUUCCUCAUCCUCUCUCUCUCUCUCUCUCUCUCUCUCUCUCUCUCCAAUGUAAGGAUAUUCAAAUAUUUUUCUUUAAAAAAAGGAAAAUGUAUACGUUAAUCUCAACGUCGCGGAUUUCAAAAUUUCCCGCCACUUCUACUCUCUACAGAAACAACUCCAACUAUACCAAUUUCCACCGGAGAAAAAUCAAAAUUGGGGCGAACUCGAACGGUUUCGAUGCCCCAACGAUCAAAGAAGAGCGCGAAGAAGAUCAAAAACCCAGCACCGAAACCAAGCCUUCUGUGUCAUCCUCAGCCCCCACUAUCGAAAAGGACAUAAAAAAGGUUGUUCAAAAGACUGCUGCUACCUUUGCACCCAGGGCUUCAACGGCCACUAAGAAUCCUGCAGUACCUGGAACUACCUUAUACACAGUUUUUGAAGUUCAAGGUUAUGCAUCUAUGUUAUUGGGUGGAGCUCUAUCCUUCAAUUUUAUAUUCCCGUCAAGUGAACCAGACAUUUGGAGGCUAAUGGGGAUGUGGUCAAUUUGGAUGUUCACGAUUCCUUCCCUUCGAGCACGCGACUGCUCAAAGAAUGAGAAGGAAGCUUUAAACUAUCUCUUCCUUCUCAUCCCAUUAAUCAACGUUUUAAUUCCUUUCUUUUGGAAGUCUUUCUCGGUUGUCUGGUCUGCCGAUAUCAUUGCUUUCUUUCUGAUGUAUGCUUGGAAGCUUGGAUGGCUGCAAAAGACAGAAUAGAAUUCAGUUAAGCGUUUCUCAAAGGAGUCCAUUCAAAUCAAGAGGACAUUUUGGUGCCAUUUAUACUUUCUCGGCCGAUGAUAUAGAGGUGGGCCAUCUUUGUUAUGAUCAGGACUCGGUGGUAUGCAUGAUGCCAGUUGGGAGAGAGUACAGCGUCAAAGUAGGCUUGUAAAUUCACUAUGAUUUCACACUCAAUCAAUGUCAAAUUCUUCAAGUUACAAGCA